CCUGAGCCAAGCAGAGGCUCUGGCUGCGAGGAGGACGAGAAGUGCCUGAGCAUCAUGGCAGAGGGGGACCCCCAGGACAGGGGGGGCGAGGGGUCUCCUCUCUGCAGCUUGAAGGAGGAGCUUCAUGAGCCCCGGAAGCUGAGCAUGAACGUAGAGAGUGAAGAUGAGGAUGGUGGGGAGGCAGGAGACCAAGAGAGCACAGCUGACUCCCAUCACCCUGCCUGUCCCAGGGGCAGCUCUCCAGUGACUCGGGACAAUGCCGACUUGCCGUGGUGGCAGCCUCCCAGCGAGGAGGACGAGAAAUUCUCUGACUCUGGUGCUGGGGUCGCGGGGGAAAAGCCGGUGGCCUCACGUGGGAAGUCCUGCGGAGGAAGAGAUGAAUCAAAGACCACCCAGACCCACGCCUCCCCCGGGGCAAGCGUGGCUCAGAGCGCCCUCUUCGGCGGCGGCCUCUCACACAGGCUGUCAAGUCGGAAACAGCCUCCUAGGGACUCAUUAUCUGCAGGCGAUGAUGGAGACUUUCCUGGGACUGGAAGAUACUCCUGUGCACAAAGAGGUGUAGACAUGUCCCCAGACAACUGCUCCCCCGCGUGUGUCCCCAAGCAGGAGACACACACAGGAUCCCAGGGGUCGCCCACCACAGCCACUUUGGCCGUGGCAGGGCCGGCGAAAGCGAGGACUGGCCAGCAGGGCCAGAGACCGGCGGGCGCGGGCGGACAGGAGGAGACGCUUCCUUGCCAGGGCCUGCGGGGCAGCCGAGCCUUCCAGAAGCCCACCGACCCGCCGGGCGCGCAGAUGCGAGGCGACAAGCCCUACACUUGCGAGCUGUGCGGCAAGGCCUACUCCCACCGGGGCACCCUCCAGCAGCACCGGCGCCUGCACACGGGCGAGCGGCCCUACCGCUGUCCCUUCUGCAGCAAAGCCUACACCUGGUCCUCGGAUCACCGCAAGCACCUCCGCACCCACACGGGCGAGAAGCCCUACCCGUGCCCCGACUGCGGGAAGGCCUUCGUGCGCUCCUCCGACCUGCGCAAACACCAGCGCAACAUGCACAGCAACGACAAGCCCUUCCCCUGCGCCCAGUGCGGCCAGACCUUCAACAAGCCGCUGUCGCUGCUGCGCCACCAGCGCGCGCACCUGGGCCAGAAGCCCUUCCGCUGCUCGGCCUGCGACCGGGAGUUCGCCGUGGCCAGCCGCAUGGUGGAGCACCAGCGCGUGCACUCGGGCGAGCGGCCCUUCCGCUGCCCCACCUGCGGCAAGAGCUUCACCAAGUCCUCCAACCUGGUGGAGCACCAGACGCUGCACAGCGGCAAGAGGCCCUUCAAGUGCGCGGACUGCGGCGUGGCCUUCGCGCAGCCCUCGCGCCUGGUGCGCCACCAGCGCAUCCACACGGGCGAGAGGCCCUUUCCCUGCGCGCAGUGUGGCCAGGCCUUCGCCCGCUCCUCCACCCUGAAGCGGCACCAGCAGAUCCACUCCGGGGAGAAGGGCUUCCUCUGUGCCCAGUGCGGCAGGGCCUUCCGGAUUGCCUCGGAGCUGGCCCAGCACAUCCGGGGGCACAACGGGGAGAGGCCCUACCGGUGUGAGGACUGCGGCCAGGCCUUCACCAGGUCCAAUCACCUGCAACGGCACCGAGCCAAGCACGGCACCUGCAAAAAGGAGCCCAUCCCCUCCUGCGACGAGUGAGGGCUCCACCAGUGACUCUCAGGGAAG